AAAAAAUAGAAAUAAAAGAAAGCGUUGAUAAAUAAUAAUUGGGCGAAAAGAGAAGAGAGAUUGAGUCGAAGGGGUUAGGGUUUAGGAAGGGAUGGAAGCGGCAGUGGUGGACGUCGGCUCUAAGCUCCUCAAAGCGGGCUUUGCAAUUCCUGACCAGACUCCCGCCAUGGCCCGCACUUGGAGAGGUUUUAUCUCCUUCAAUGCAUAAUUCUAAGUUUCUAACCCACUUAGCUAUUCUCAAGUAUUACUUUGGACUUCACAACCGCACAAUCAUAUCACCACUUUAGUACCUACCUAUACCUAACUAUCUAUCUCUGUCAGAAUCCCUAAUUGACCUUCUUUCCAUUGGACUCAGAUAAUUCCCACUCAGAUGAAGCAAUUACUCGAUGAUGGAUCCGUCGCAGAUAAUUCACUGGCUGACAAUGUCACCGUUGAUCCCGUUGUGCGAGGAUUUAUUAGAGAUUGGGAUGCAAUUGAGGAUUUGUUGCACCAUGUUUUGUAUACCGGCCUCGGAUGGGAAAUUGGCAAUGAAGGACAAAUACUAUUUACAGAUCCACUUUGUACCCCAAAGGCGAACAAAGAACAGUUGGUGCAACUAAUGUUUGAAACAUUCAAUAUAUCAGGAUUUUAUGCCUCAGAACAAGCAGUGUUAUCACUCUAUGCUGUGGGACGUAUCUCAGGCUGCACUGUUGAUAUUGGACAUGGAAAAAUAGAUAUUGCACCGGUAAUUGAGGGUGCUGUUCACCACAUCGCCUCGAGAAGAUUUGAGUUUGGAGGUACUGAUCUAACUAAUUUCCUGGCUCAAGAACUUGGCAAGUCCAAUCCACAAGUAAAUAUCAGCAUGUCUGAUGUGGAAAAAAUAAAAGAGUUGUACUCAUGCUGUGCUGAAGAUGAAUUAGCUUAUCAGAAGACCGAAUAUUCUUGUCCUGUGGAGAAGCACACCCUUCCUGAUGGACAGGUGAUAGCAAUUGGGAGAGAAAGAUAUACUGUUGGGGAAGCUUUAUUCCAGCCAUGUCUACUGGGUUUAGAGGCUCAUGGCAUUGUUGAUCAGCUUGUCCGUGCUAUUUCAACUGUGUCAUCUGAUAAUCAACGACAGCUGCUGGAAAAUACUGUGGUUUGUGGUGGCACUUCUUCUAUGACAGGUUUUGAAGAGAGAUUUCAGAAGGAAUCUAGCUUAAGUUCAUCUGCUGUUCAACCUACCCUCGUUAAGCCUCCAGAAUACAUGCCAGAAAAUUUAACCAUGUAUUCUGCAUGGGUGGGAGGUGCCAUACUUGCCAAAGUGGUUUUCCCUCAAAAUCAGCAUAUAACCAAGGCAGACUAUGAUGAAACCGGACCUUCCAUUGUUCACCGGAAAUGCUUCUGACAGUAUCUAUCCACAUGAUUUUAACAACUGUUGGUACCGUAACAUGCCAUAAUCCUUGUAUAUUCCAAGUGCUAGAUGUCCAUGUGCGUGCAUAUCUUAAAAGCUGCAGCGAUCUCCAUUAAUGCAAUCUUCUCACUCUUUACGACUUCCUAGGUUGCAGUCGAAGAUUUCCAUAAAUACUUGUUCCUCAAACAUGUUGGAGCUCUAGGAGCUUGCAUAUCUUUAUAAUGUGGAUAUCCCCUGUAAAAUAUUCACUUUGGCCCUUUGUAACCUUGUGGGCUGUAGCUACUAGCACACCCCUUUGUUCCUUUUUUAUGAUAGUUUUGUAAUUUUUGUCUUAAAAUUAUGAAUUAGUAAUAUAUCUCAUUAAUAGUUUGGAAGGGAAGUUAUAGGCAAGACUUCUAAUCAACUUUCCCUUAACUGCAGUAUACGUAGUUGUUAUACCUUUUACGUGACUAUGGUUUCAUGCAAUAGGUGCUGUGAAAUGAGAUGAAGCAAUUAACUCUGCA